AUGAAAAAAUAUCGCGAGAAAAUGAAAAAAGAUAAAGUAAAAUACGAAAAUUUUCUUAAAAAAGGUGAUAAUAAAAAAGCAACGAAAACGAAACUCGAUGUGGUGGAAUUAGCAGCACUGCGUACAAAGAAUAAUUUACGUCAAAAAAAGUAUCUUAAUAAUAAAACAAAACGAUUAAUUAAUAAACCACCUGUUGCAUUUAAAAGUCGUCAAUCGUUUGGGAAAGCUAUCAAAAAAGUUAAUUCGGCACUUCCAAAAUGUUUAGGAAAAAAGAACGUUGUUGUCCAGCAUAUUGCAAAAAAGUUGGGAUUGAUUGCUCCAUCUACGCAUGAGCGUGUCACUGCUCAGCAUCCAGAAAAGUUGAAAGAGGCGGUUCAAAAGUUUUAUGUUCGUGAUGAUAUUUCUUACCAGUUGCCGAGAAAGCGAGAUACGAUUGUUGUGAAGGAUGUUCAGGGAAGAGGAGCUUGCAGUUCAUUACAAAGUUUUAGAGAUUCACAAAUGUGUAAUACAUUGGAUGAGGAAUGUAUGUUUUCUUCUUGUCCCUUAUGUGAUGAAAAUUUCGUGGAAAAAGUUGAAAAUAAAGUCUCCAAAGGUGUUGUAGACGGUAUUGGAGGAAUAGUCAAACGUUUGGUUUGGGGAGCGGUUUUGGCAGGUCAGACCUGCAGAUCAGCAGAAGAUUUGGUUCGUAUUGCAAAGCAAAAAACAAAUAAAAUAACAUUGAUUGAACUUACUAAAAAUGACAUUGAUGCAUCAAAAAAUAAACUUCAAAAUAUUUUUGCAGUAGUGAAAGCCGUCCCGGAAACGUUAAAAACUCAUUGUAUUAAAGUGAUUGAUAAUAAAGCUAUUGAAUGCUUUAUCGUGUGA